CAGGACAAGAGACCAAGAGACUGACAUUUUAGACAUGGAGUCAUACCUGGUACCAUACAAGGGCUAUGACUUGACAGAGUUUAGUCGAGAAGAGGCUGAUGAUACUACAAGUCAGCUUUCAUCUGGGAGGGUUCCAUAUGCUGCCUCUGCCACCUAUUGGUCUCCUCGAGAUUCGCAGGCAUCCAUCAGUGAAUUUCUGAUAACACCUGGUAGUUCCUACAUGGAUCUAGAGCUAGGGCUAAUGUAUGAGCAAAUGCAGUUGUCUCCCAAACCAGAGCACCCCGGCGAAUCUGUCCUGGAUAAACUCCAGAUUGGAAUCCCUCCUGAGCGUCUGUCACCAGCCCCCAUUUCCCCCAAAGAGCCAGAGACAGAAGAACAGGCGCCACGAGAUAAACCAAAACCUUUACCAGAAGAACUAAAAGAGGAACCCAAAGCAAAGGCACCAAGAGUUAAGCAAAAAUCUCCAGAGCCACAGAUGGAGAAGGAGCACCUGUCACGCUUCAGCAGUAUCAAAACUGUCUUUAGUUCCAAGCUGCCAGUGCUGGAUUUGGGUAUGGGAUUUGCAAAUCUGUUUCAAAACAAAUACAGGUCAUCAUACACAAAGAACCAUUUACAUGCACCAUACUGCAUUCAGAAUAGGUGACAUUAAUCUAGUCUGACAUAGAGGUGCAGGAGGUUGGCUUUAGAAGUCAACAAAUAAAUUAUUAAACUAUGGAAUCAAUAUAAUAUCUUCUUGUAAUAUAUUGAGGAAUCAAGGCUGUAGGAUUAUAGGACGCCGAACAUCUGUGUACGGGGGGAAAUCGGCACAAGUAGAAGCGAAUGGACGUUCACUACCCUUUAUUAUUAAUAUACAAGUCAAAAAUCCAGCUAUAUUUGUUUUAUAACCAUUACCAACCUUUGUUUAAUCCAUUGCCAAUUUCAUUGACAAGAGGGAAAAGGUUGAUGAAGAGAAUACUGUUAAGUGGCUGAAGUACACAGCCGAUUGUGAUGUCACCAUUUUGAAUUGACUUUGUAGUUGAAUGGAAUUCCAAGAGGUGCCUCGGGUCUGAUUUUUUUAAAGGAAGUGACGUCAGCUUGUGCUGAUGUGGAGAAUACAGCACAGUAAAAACUGAAAUUUGCUCGGUUGAUGUAGUGACUUGCUGAAAGUCAAUGUUCUUUUUGUUUCAGGCGAUAAACGUACUGA